AUGGCAUCUUUCAACAAUAAGCAGCUUCCAGUUAUAGAUUUCACUAAAGAUAAUGUAUUGAACCCUGGAACUGAAUAUUGGCUUAGCAUUCGAACCCAAGUUUGUAAAGCAUUGGAAGAGUAUGGGUGUUUCGAGGCCAUGUAUGAUAAUAAGGUUUCAUUGAAGCUUCAUAAUGAGAUGUUUUCCGCAGCGGAGGAAGUGUUGGAUCUACCGUUAGAGACGAAGAUGUUAAAUACUUCUAAUAAGCCUUACCAUGGUUAUUUUAAUCGAGAAGCCUCGGUUAGACCACUUUUUGAAAACAUUGGUAUUGAUGAUGCACACGUUCUUGAUCAAGUUUGUAACUUCACUAAUCUCAUGUGGCCGGAGGGGAAUCAUAGCUUAAGUGAAGCCGUGCAUACCUUCGCAAAGAGAGUGACGGAGUUGAACCAAAUUGUGACAAGAAUGAUUUUCGAGAACUAUGGAGUAGAGCAGCACUAUGAAUCGCAUAUGGAUUCAAUGAAUUACCUCUUCAAGGUUAUGAGAUAUCGUAAACCUCAAGCGGACGUCAACAACUCAGUUUAUCUUCAUACGGAUAACUCAUUUAUCUCUGUACUUCAUCAAAACCACGUUGACGGAUUGGAAAUAGAGACGAAGAAUGGUGGUUGGAUUAGAGUUAAACAGUCGCCUGCUUCCUUCAUAGUCAUGACGGGAGACGCCUUCUUGGCGUGGAGCAAUGAUAGAUUGAGAUGCCCUAUACAUCGAGUUGUUAUUGAAGAAGAUGAUAUGAGAUACUCCAUCGGAUUGUUUGGGAACAGCCAAAAGUUGGUAGAGGUUCCGUCCGAGUUGGUUGAUGACGAGCACCCAUUGAAGUUUAAGCCAUUUUGUCAAAUGGAUUUGAUCAACUUCUACUUAACAGAAGAAGGUCAAAAAGCUGAAUCAACUGUCAAGGCCUACUGUGGUAUAUGA